UGUAUAUCAAAUUAAAUAAAAAUGAGUGAAGCCCCCAGAUUCUUUGUUGGACCUGAAGAUGCAGAAAUCAACCCUGGAAAUUACCGUCGCUUCUUCCACCAUGCAGAUGAAGAUGAGGAGGACGAGGAUGAGUCACCACCAGAAAGGCAAAUUGUGGUUGGAAUAUGUUCCAUGGCAAAGAAAUCCAAAUCCAAACCCAUGAAGGAAAUUCUGGAACGGAUCUCUUUGUUUAAGUACAUCACAGUAGUAGUUUUUGAAGAGGAAGUGAUUUUGAAUGAACCUGUGGAAAAUUGGCCUUUAUGUGAUUGUCUUAUUUCUUUCCAUUCUAAAGGAUUUCCACUGGACAAAGCAGUUGCCUAUGCAAAACUCAGGAAUCCAUUUGUAAUCAAUGACUUGAAUAUGCAGUAUCUCAUACAAGAUAGAAGAGACGUUUAUAGCAUUCUUCAAGCUGAAGGCAUCCUGCUUCCUCGGUAUGCAAUUCUGAACCGUGAUCCAAAUAACCCGAAAGAAUGCAGUCUGAUUGAAGGAGAAGAUCAUGUCGAAGUAAAUGGGGAAAUCUUCCAAAAGCCAUUUGUAGAAAAGCCAGUCAGUGCAGAAGACCACAAUGUUUACAUUUACUACCCGACAUCCGCCGGAGGUGGGAGUCAGAGGCUUUUCAGGAAGAUUGGCAGUAGAAGUAGUGUAUAUUCCCCAGAAAGCAAUGUGCGAAAAACGGGAUCAUAUAUAUAUGAAGAGUUUAUGCCUACAGAUGGUACUGAUGUUAAGGUUUAUACUGUGGGUCCAGACUAUGCUCAUGCUGAAGCUCGAAAAUCUCCAGCUCUUGAUGGCAAGGUAGAAAGAGACAGUGAAGGGAAAGAAGUAAGAUACCCUGUCAUUCUCAAUGCACGGGAGAAGCUGAUUGCGUGGAAAGUCUGCCUUGCUUUUAAGCAAACAGUCUGUGGUUUUGAUUUGUUACGGGCCAAUGGACAGUCCUAUGUCUGUGAUGUAAAUGGCUUCAGUUUUGUGAAAAAUUCCAUGAAGUACUAUGAUGACUGUGCAAAAAUUCUUGGCAAUAUUGUAAUGCGGGAGCUUGCGCCACAGUUUCAUAUCCCCUGGUCAAUACCCCUAGAAGCUGAAGAUAUUCCAAUUGUACCAACUACAUCUGGAACUAUGAUGGAACUUCGAUGUGUCAUAGCUGUCAUACGACAUGGGGAUCGAACACCAAAACAAAAAAUGAAAAUGGAAGUGAGGCAUCAAAAGUUUUUUGAUCUUUUUGAAAAGUGUGAUGGAUAUAAAUCAGGGAAGUUAAAACUCAAGAAGCCAAAACAAUUACAGGAAGUCCUGGAUAUUGCACGGCAGCUUCUUAUGGAGCUGGGGCAAAAUAAUGACUCUGAAAUUGAAGAAAACAAGUCAAAACUUGAGCAACUUAAGACUGUGUUGGAGAUGUAUGGUCAUUUUUCUGGAAUAAAUCGUAAGGUCCAAUUGACCUAUCUCCCUCAUGGUUGUCCUAAAACGUCCAGUGAGGAGGAAG